AUGUUCAAAAGACUUUUCAGUACUGCCAUGAUUGCCAAAACACCCGUUUCAACCGGACCUCGCCAUUUGGUCAACAUCACUAGUCUCUCUCAGGAUGAGUUCCUGUCGUUGGUGUCCAAAGCUGAACAGUUUAAAAGAAUAGCUAAGAGUGGAGACACUGCCACAAUUCAGGCCAAUCACAAUAAGUUGUUGGGCAAGUUAGUUGCACUUUUGUUCUCCAAACGGUCGACCAGGACCAGAAUUUCCACUGAAGGCGCGGCGGCUCAUUUUGGCGCGCAGCCGAUGUUCUUGGGUAAAGACGAUAUUCAGUUAGGAACCAAUGAGUGCAUCGAAGACACCACUCGGGUCAUCUCAUCUAUGACAUCUUGCAUUUUUGCACGUGUCAACAGUCACAACGAUAUCCAAGAAUUAUGCAAAUAUUCUUCCGUGCCCAUCAUCAAUGCCUUGUGCGACAAGUAUCAUCCGUUGCAGGCCAUCACUGAUAUUUUGAGCAUCAAGGAAGCCUUCGGAAAAACCGAGGGUUUGAAGUUGGCCUGGAUCGGCGACGCUAAUAACGUUUUUAAUGACUUGUGUAUUGCAUCUCUCAAAUCCGGAAUCUCGGUGUCUGUGCUGGUUCCAGAAGGCAUCUCCAUCGACGAGUCUGUGGUUGCUGACGCACAAACUCUUGUCGGUGCCAGCAAUGGUCUUCUCAAAUUUGAGGUCUACAAUAAACCUACAGAUGCAUUGAAAAAUGCCAAUGUUGUCGUAACUGACACCUGGAUCUCUAUGGGGGAAGAGGGGCAAGCGGCUGCAAAAUUGAAGCAAUUUGCAGGAUACCAAAUAGACCAGAAAAUGGUCAAGGAAGGCGGAGUCAAUUCAGAUUGGCGCUUCAUGCAUUGUCUCCCCAGACAUCAGGAAGAGGUGGCAGACGAUGUUUUCUACGGGUCCCAGUCGAUUGUAUUUGAGGAGGCUGAAAAUCGGUUGUACGCAGCAAUGGCGGUCAUUGAUGCAUUUGUGGUCAACAAGGGAAACCUCUUACAGAAGUGA